AGAGUUAGGGUUUUUUCAACUUCUUCUGAGAGUGGCCCUAGGGUUCAAUGAUUUUGGAUGGCAAUUAGGUUUCCAUAUGGCGGCUAGGGUUUUAGAUUAUCAUCCGAACUCUCCUGCCGCCUUAGAGUAUAUAACUUCCAUUCCGGAUGAAGUCCAGGUUUAUUUUCAGAUUUAUACGUAAAAGUUUUGAACUUUGGUCAUUCCUUUUGCGGUCUCUUUGUAAAAUUCAGUAUCGGUUUUUGAUUUCUUAAUUUGCCUUUUAGGACCGAUAAAGUCAUCUGGGUAUUCUUGGUUUCUCUAUAAGAAUAGGUUUUUAUAGCCCUAAAACCUAUCCUGGUGUUCUUGAUUCUCUGAAUUUUCUUUGAUCAAAGUUCUUAUACAGGUUUUCUGAGCAAUACUGAUAGCAGCUAUUUUGCCCAAAGAGUCAUCAUUGAUUAUCUCUUGAAUAAAAACUGAAUUUAUUCCAGGCCUAGAAUUCACAGAUAUGAGUUUUCCUGAUUCCCGUGCUCUGGUUGCGCCACCAUUGCAUCCUUUUCCUGUUGGGGAUGAUGACAUUGGUUCCUGGUCUCAGUUCCCAAUGAACAAUGAAGAAUAUGAGGUGCAUUCACAUUUUGAAUACCCUCCUCACAAGAGGACUAGAAAUUCUGAAGGCCAGAUGCCAAAUUCAUCACCUCACCCAUCCAUGAAUCCAAGGAUACAUCCACCAAAUGCUCCAACCAGUAGAGGGACAAGCAAUAUUUUCUUCAAGACCCGGAUAUGUGCUAAAUUUAAACUGGGUCAAUGCCGGAAUGGUGAGAACUGCAACUUUGCCCAUGGUAUGGAAGAUAUGCGCCAACCUCCACCCAACUGGCAAGAACUUGUUAAUGUUGGUGGCCGUGAAGAAGAACGGGGGACAAAGAUUUGGGAUGAGGACCAGAGGAUAAUUCAUAAGAUGAAGCUGUGCAAGAAGUUCUAUAAUGGUGAAGAAUGUCCAUAUGGGGACAGGUGCAAUUUUCUUCAUGAAGAUCCAAAGAAGUUUAGGGAUGAUUCAGCGAGGCCUAGGGAGAGCUUUGCAAUAAGCAUUGGAACUACAGGCCCUCCAAUGGAGCAUGGAAGUGGUUCUAAUCUUGGUUCUAACCUCAGUUCUAAUCUCAGUUCUAUGAAUUCUGGUUUGGAUCCUUUCAGAGGAAAUGUGAAGCCUACAUAUUGGAAGACAAAGCUUUGCUGUAAGUGGGAAACCACUGGUCACUGCCCUUUCGGGGAGAAAUGUCACUUUGCUCAUGGGCAAGCUGAGCUACAGAUGACUAGUGGUGGUGGUGGUGGCUGGGCUGAAGCUGAAGUGGGGAACACAUGCUCCUUGCCUGCAAAGCUUCCCUCUGUUCCUGCUAAUGUCUCAACUCCUCCUGAGUUGGGUACUGGGGCUCCUAUCAAUCCAGAAAGACAGAACAAGAAGCUGUUACUGCAGUCAAAAGGAUUCAAGAAGAUCAAUCGAAUUUAUGCUGAUUGGAUUGAUGAUCUGCCAUCAUUGAACAACAAAGUGAAGGACUGAGUUCAAGUUAUGCCUGGAAUUUUGCACAUGAGCAUUCAAUAUUUGAUUAAGAAGUUCAAGUUCUGCUUCCAGAUCUUCACAUAUUUGACCAUGAAGGCGGUUCAGAUGCAUGGAGAACUGGAAGAUACAUUCUUCCCUGCUCCCCUUUAUCAUUUCAAUCAUUGGGUCAUUGGUGGGUGUUAAUUUGGUCACAUAGGUAUUUCAGUUUUAGAUCUCUUUCCUUGUAAGCCUUCAUUAAUUAAAGAUAUGGUAUAAUUUUUCAAUUUGGAUACAGUAUAGUUUCUAGCUGGAACAUCAAAAUAAGGAAGAAUUGUUGAUAAAAAAAAUGUGAUAAUCCAAUCCAUGCAAAAUUUGUUUCUUCAAA